UUUAUGUAGUGGACUGUUCCAGUUGUAAAAUGGCGGGUAAUGUUCCUGAAAUGGAUUUUGAAGAAGGGGAACUUGCGGAUUCUGAGUCUGACACAGAAGUGCCAGCAGCCCAAGAGGAACCAUUGAAGGGAGCUGCCAAGCCUGUUCCUGCCCCUCUGGACCUGCUGGGAGCUGUUGGCGGAAUCGCUGUCCUGAACAACAACAACACAAUACCAGCCGUGCAGUUCACUGGGCACAGGACAGGGGGCAGCAACCUCAUGGGCGGAGCACGAGGUACCGGACAACCAACCUACAGCAAAGGGAUGACCAUGUCUUACCGUGAGUCCAGAAGUGCCACCAGCUACAGUAGUGAUGAGGACAGCCACGACAGCUUCAGUGAUGAUGAAGAUGAAACUCUGUGGAGGAGGAAGAGGAUGCGCUGUGUGGAGAAUCAGCCAGAGGGCACUGCUUAUGCCGUUCACCACACGCCUGUCAUCAAGUCUCCACCCAAGCGCAAGAUCAACAACAUCUGGGCCUCAGUAGUCCAGGAACAGUUUAGUGAGUCUGUGGCAGAUGAGUUGGUGUACACAGGACUGACAGGGGGCAUCAACAAGGAGAGAGGCCCGGAGAGCUACGACUACAAGGAGUUCACAGAACAUGUCAGUGACUCUGAGCAUGGUUCAAAAAGCCCCAUCAUGACCAGUGAAGAUGAAGAUGACAAAGGUGACCAUCAGGAUGAGAAGCAGGAAGAUCCUGGGGAGCAGCAGGAGGAGGAGAAGGGGAUGAAGAGGAAGAGGAGUGCCAAGGAGCGGCUGGGACCACGCCCGGGAACCCCCUUCCCUGGAGGGCCAAUCACAGUCACAGCUGACGACCCUCCUGAGAAGGUUGCUGAUGAGAUUAUAUACAGGCUGUCCGAGCCCAAGUGGCACCUGAUCCACCGGAUAGUGAAGGUGCUGGGAGCAGGACAGGCACUAAAGCUGCUCAGUAUGACGGAGGAUGUGGAGGCUGCAGGGGGCAUGCCUAUCAACGAUGGAUCCAGGCGUCGCACCCCAGGUGGAGUGUUCAUACAGCUGCUGAAGUCAACACCUGCUAUAACCAAGGAGCAGAAGGACAAGAUCUUUGCAGAGGAAGACAGAAAGUUUCAGGAGAGGCAAAAAGAAGAAAGGAGGAGGAGGAGAAGGAAUAACAGGAGUAGAAGACGUCGUGGGCACGCACACACAAGUGAGAAUGACAGAAUGGAAGAAGACGGUACAGACUGUGCUGAUGCACAACCGACCAGUGCUGGACAGGACAGCAUAUUACAUGACAUGGAGAAUAUACCAGAGGAAACACCUGCCAAACAGACAGUGGACAAACCCUCUGGGAUGGUAGAGGAGGAGGAGGAGGAGGGGGAAGUCAUUGAGGAGGGAGACAGUGGGGAGUGUAAGAUGACUACCACCCAGGGGGAUGAGGCAAAGGAAAAUGUCGCAGAGAUAUCUUUGGAUAUUGGAGAAAAUGACAUGGACUUGUAGACUUAAUUUUCACUGUUUAAUAGGCCUAGGAGGCUUGAUGAGUUUUGGGGAAGUUUUUGUGCCAACCUUGGGUAUGAAGUACUGAUAAAUCCAAUUCAAACACAAGCCAUUUGGCAAGAUGAUGGUUUGGAAGCUUUAUGAAUGCAUACAAACAUAAAGAGGGUAGGAAACCUGGUGAAACCAUUACACGGCUCCAGGAGAAGGGAGUACAACAAAGAGCAGUCUUAGGAUUUCUUUUGAAGAAAUCUUCAUCACUGGUGUGCAUCUUGGCUUUGGUAGUAUGAUUCUAGUUGGGUCAAUAUGGCUAAAAAAAAAACAAUGCAUUGCCAUAGAUGUUGUAACAUUUUGUAGUACUGUUGGAUUUGGGAAUUUUCUAGGAUGAAAACAAAAUUGGUGAAGAAACAUCUCAUACUACUCAUUAAGGUCAUUGGAUGAAUCUGUUGAGACAAAUGUAGUGCAUGUAUAUUGUAGAUGUUUCACCAUGGUUUUGACACUUGUCACAUUAUUCCUUUUAUGUUUCUGUGCUUUGCAAAAAGAUCAUAUGAUAAGUACACAUGCAUUGGAAAUUUCCCAUGCUGUGUUGUUGUUUUUGUUAUGAAAUUAUACCUUUGAUAAAGUGUGCAAUGUUAUUGUAUCAGUUUAGAAAUCUAUUUUUGGCAGUUUGAGGUAGCUGCUUUCUCAAAGUAUUCUAAUAGAGCGACUGAGCAGUCACUUAUUGUUGUUGAAAGAUGGGCAUUGCUAAAACUUUUUAUUUUACUUUGCGUUGUUUUAUGUUUUGCCUGUGUUUGGUUGCUUUGAGAGUGUGGAAAGACAUAUAACCUGUUGAUAU